UUAAUGCAGUACUAGUAAACGUGACCGAGAGUUGCUUUUACUUAUACAGUAGUACUUUGUCGAAGUUGGGAGACGGAGAUUUACUAAUUAUUUUCUUCAAAACUUGAGUAGACUGGUUUAUUUUAUAUAUUAAUUUUGUAUUAACCACGUAUAUGGCUUCAAUCGAAGAAAUAGACCAGCUGGACAGCGGUAUGGGUAGUAGCGACGCACGCUCUCCAGAAGUGAAAUCUCUUCUUCCCGAUGAAGAAGACGAUGAGGAGGAUGAAAGCUUUUCGGAAAGAUUGUUAGGACUUACAGAAAUGUUUCCAGAAAAUGUUCGCAAAGUUGGAUAUAAUGUUGGAUCUUGCCUAUGUACUUGCAUCAAAGGUUUAUAUACAUUUUCAUGUUCAGCAACAUGGCUCUUGUUCAGUUCGUCUGCUAUUUUGUUCGCACCUGUAUUCUUUGAAGUGGAGCGUGCUCAGAUGGAAGAAGUUCAGCGUGCACAACAAAAACAGGUUCUUCUAGGACCUAAUUCUGCCAUCUCUAAUGUUAGUGCAUCUGGUCUUCCAAUAGCUCCCCCUGUGCAGCGAUAAAUAAUUAUAUAAUUUAUCAUUAAAGUAAUUGUGCAUUGACUUCUGCAUUCAACUAUUUAUCAACAUAAUAGUAUCAUUAAUUGCAAACAUCACAAAAAUAUAUUGACCAAACAUGUAAAUUAACUGUAUAUCUUAUAUUUUAAAUUCUUAAGCUCUAAAUUCCAUAAUUGCAUUUGUUUAGUUACAUAUUUAGAAAAUUGUGUAAAACUGUGUGUAGUUCAGUUUUUGAACUAGUGCAAUGAUAAUGUAUAAACAUUUUAUCUUCAGAUGUAAUUUUUAAUACAUAAUGAUAGAGUGAAGGAUUUGAACGUUUCAUCCUAUUUUUUAUUCAUCUUGCAUUUUUAAAUAAACUAUAAAUGAUAACAUUUAAUGUGUCAAAGCACCGUCACUGAUAUCAUGAGAUAGAGAUCAAAUUUUCAUGUAUAAAUAUUUACAACUGUGGUUAUAAGCUGCACUUCGAUCAUAGGAAGUGAAUCAUAAUGCACUGUUGUUAUCUUUAAUGUAUCAUAUGUUAUUGUAAUAUAUAAAAUAAAAAUAAAAUUAUAACA